CUAUUUCCAAUAAUACAAUACACUGUAAUCUUUGGUUAAAAACAAAAAAUACGAUACGAAAAUCGAAAUAGAUACAAUCAAUUUUCGUACUAUGUUUAAUAUUGUAAUGUUAAUAAUUUUAAGUUUCGUAGGUUUAAUAUUUACAUAAUAUAUAAUCAAUAACGUACCGCAACUCCUACGAUAAACAGCGAAUUUGUUUGAGAUAAUCAGAAAUGGGAGAUUUAAAGAUUUCAUCACCAAAUAAUGAAGAAAAAAUAUGUGAAAUUGAUCCUAUUUACGAUAUCAUUGACUACUUGGUAAGGUGUGCAAACAUUUCUUUUAAAAAUCCACAUUAUAACAAAGCAGAAAUACGGACAAGCGAAAAAAUUCAAGUGGCAUACAAAAUGUACACUCAAUCACCUACACAAUUUUUAAUACAAUUCGGUAAAUAUUUAUCACCGAAUCACAUCGAAUAUUUCCAAAACGUAGAAAUUAACAAUACCAAUAAGGAUUACAAAGCAUGUAUAGAACAGUUAAAACUAUAUCACUCAAACGAAUGCAAAAAUAAAAGAAUACGAAACCGUCGAUACAGAGCCAUGCAGAAGUUACAAGACACUGAUUAUUUUAGCGAAAAACAAAUGAUGUAUCGCAACCCAUUACUGUAUGAACAGCUUGUGGGCCAGUACAUGACCGACGAAGAAAAACUUGAACGAGAUGGUGCUGAUAAUGAAAACUUAACUUUCCUUAGUAUGAUAUUGGAAACAGUAGACAGAAAUGAAAUGAGAGAAACAAAAAACAGACAAAUGCUAAUUGAGGGUGAAACAUCAACACAAACUUUACAAGAUACAGAAAGUACACCUAGUCAAGGAAAGCGAUGGGGAGAUUUUGAUGUACCAGACACAAAACCCAACUACAUUCCUGAAACUGAGAAACGUUGUAUGAUAAAUGCAAACGAGAGAAACCUUUUAAGAGAAGAGUUCUUGCAAGAAAUGUGCAGUAGUUUCAUUGAGGGCAGAGAUAUUGACUUUGAUUAUGACAGUGUUGACAAUAACGAGGAAUAUGAUGAUUUACAACAAAUGUCACGGGAUGCUGAAGACAAAUACUUUGAUUCUGAAGACAAUGAUGCGGAGACAUUGGAGGAGCACAUGCAGCACGUCCAAGAAUAUGGAAGAAAGAAGUCGAAUGAUAGUAACAGUGACACUCUAGAUGUUUUUAUGCAACAUAUUUCAAAUAAACUGCAACAAAGUUAAUAAAUAUUGUUUUAUUGUACAAAUAAACAUACUUUAGUGUUAUAA